AUGCAUGGGGGCAAGAGGGGACUGGUGGCUCCGCAAAAUACUUUCCUGGAAAAUAUCGUCCGGCGCUCCAGCGGUGAGUUUUUUCCUCUGAAGAGAAAUUAGAGUUAACGAUGAGAAUUGAGCUGUCAAUCACAAUACCAUGCAGCACAGACUGCACGAGAUGCAGGAGCGAAAAUGUAAUGUUUCAUGCUUAAUUUGAUUUGAAGUGACCCUUCAAUAGAAUAUUUAAAUAAUUUUCUGUCAUAUUUUUUAACUAGGCUACAAUUUUCUAAUAAUUUCAAAGGAAAUUAAUAAUCAAGAGCCAAAUAAGUUCAAGAUGUAAUUUGAAAAAAUCUUUCCAAAUGAGGUUCUCAUAUUAUAUGCUUUGAGGCGUUCUGAAUUAACCAUGAACAAAAGAUUUGAUCAUUUGUAUGCCUGAUACUACUCAAUAUUUACCUGUUGAGAUGUGGAGUAAAUUUGACUUGUUGUAAUUCACAUGAGAACAUUAACAGAGGGCCAGAACAGAAAAAAACAAAACAAAAAACAAUGCCUUAAGGAGAAGCAACAUUUUUUAUGAAUGUCAAUUCAUUUUAGAUUUUUUUAAAUCUCUGGUAGCUCCAUCUCUCAAAUAAGUCGUGCGCUGUUUUACAGUAGUAUUUCUCAAUUCUUAAUUUUUUUUUUCCAGAAACAUUGUUGUUCUUUUAAUUAAUUUUCAGCAGGAGUGACUGUAUGUAUAGAAACGAAAAGCUUGCAGGUGAAUGUAAAAUUUAAGGCUGUUAUUACGAGUACAGAUGAAUUGUACUUCAUAGUAUCAGACAACCUAAUCAGCAUAAAUGCGAUGCUGCAACAUGCAUUUACUGCGUAUUUUCUAACUUCAGGUAAAGAAGUCAGGUGAUCAUCAUCAAAAAUUCAGUCCUUAUUUUCUGAUGUAUGUAAUCUGUCGAUAAUCUAUUGGAACAUAAACUCACAUCUGAGUAUUAAGUUAAAGAUUCUGUAAAGCUCCCCCCGAACUCUUGUAUGCUUGGAGAACUUAACUCCUCUUGAUCAAUAUUUAAUUCACAUCAAGACCAGAACAUAAACAUUUCAUCAACAACUGUUUCUGCCCAGCGACUCAUCUGUUGACCUCUGUUUAGAGCAGCAUUAAAUAUUAAUGAUUAUGUUUCCACCAUAAUUCAUAUUGUUAUUAGAAGGAUACUUUGAGUGGCAUAUUUGGCUUCAGAAGGAAUUAAACAAUUGCAAUGAAUGUUACAGGUAUGGAUUUACAUACUGGAAAUUGAUGUCGCUAGUCAGCAGGAUUUAAAGGAAACCAAUGAUUCCACAGCACACAGCAAAAAUCCUUACACAGCCACAGCUGUGACACAGCUGUAUAAUGACCCUCCAAAAGCUAAUCCAUAGGUACAGCUGUCUGCAGGUUUGUUGUUCUAAGGGCUGGUUUUUGUCUGAAUAUUUUACAAUUUUGUGUUUUGUCGCAGAAACCAGUUUCCUGUUGGGGAACGCUCAGAUUGUGCAUUGGCCGGUGGUUUACAGCAACGAUGGAUUCUGUAAACUCUCUGGGUACCACAGAGCUGAAGUCAUGCACAAAAGCAGCGCCUGCAAGUAAUACAGUUAUUACAGUGUUAUGUGCUAAAUGUGGGGAUUUGAUAACAGGGUGAUAAUUUAAGUAAUAUGAUGUUAUGAUUUUGAUGGACUGCCCCAGGAUUUAGUAAUUCAUUAAAAACAGCAGCUCACUUCUUUCAGCUUUUCCUCAGAGAUUUCAACCGAAGCUUCGAGAUUCAAGAUUUGAGUCUUUGUUUUCAUUAUGCAAUACAGUGAAACAAUAAGAUAGCCUACCUCCCUAAGCAGCAAAGUGCAGAAUAGGAUAAGAACAGCACAGUGAGAGGGUAAUGAGACAAAACAUUGCAGCCAGGUGGAAUCAAACAGGUUUAAGGUAGGUCAAUGCUAGAUAUUUACAAGACAGAAAAAGAGCCACUGUAAAAGCUCGCUUCUUUUAUUGAUUAUCAGUGCAGUUCUUUGUCCUCUACACUCUACCUCCAUAACACUGUUGGCUGUGAGCAGUGAUGUUUUAAAUUAUAUUUAUAUAAACUAGAUAAUAUAAGUAAAACUAAAUGAAUAUUAUCUUAAAAUACUGACACAAUGUGGAUAAAUACAAAAUAGUUUUUAAAUCUUAUAUUUGAAAGGCAGGGUUCACAAUGUUGUUUAAAAAUGUAACUAACCCAUUUAAAAAAAUCUUUUACUGAGUUUGUCACAAAGAUAUCAACACACCUCAGAAAAUUCUCUGAUAUGAUGCUAUAGAUGCAAAAUUGGAUUAGAUUAGAUUAGAUAUUCCAGCGGCAUCAGCAUAUACGGAAAAAAGCAAAGUGAUCAAAUAAGUAAGAAACAAAAAUGCAACAAAUUUAAAGAGUUAAGAUAUAAUAAAACUUAGGAUGAAUCAAGUUUUUACAUACAAAAAUUAAGAUAUAAAACUAUAGACAUUUGUACAUUACAAUUACUACAACAACUAUUAUAACUACUACUGCUCCUUCCCAUCCUCUGUCCUCCUGUUACCCCUCCUCCUCCCCGGAGAGGAGUUGUGAGAUUCUAAUGCAAUGCAGUGGACUGUGUUAUGAGGUUAUACAAUACAGUUCGAUGCUAUGUGUUGUUCUAUGAUGCCAUGUAAUACAAUGUAAGAUGAGUUUAUAGCAUAUAAAUGGAUACUACUAGUAUCCAUUAUUAUUAGUAUCAUUAUUCUUAUAUAGUAUAUAAUACAAUGCAAUACAGUUCAAUAUGAUAUAGCGCAAUGUAAGACAACAUGAUUGAACAUGUUAUGUUACGUUAAUGUUAAGGUUACUUAUAAUUUCUUGUCAAGACGUAACAUAACACAACACAUCAUAUCAUGCACAUUCAGUAUAUCGUAUGAGAUCAUAUAGCGGAUAGGGGUGCACUGAUCACAGUUUUCUGGCCGAUCACCAAUAAACUGUCCUGAGUUUUAGGUUUCCUUGUAGUGAGUUCAACAUUCUUGGCUGAUCAUGCUCCGAAUGACUGUUUCGUAUGCCGCUGGCGCUGACACACGCGUGUGUGCACACAUGACCUGGUGGGCGGGCCUGUCAUUUUGGCAAAGCAAAAAGCUACAAUGGCUGACUUUCAGACCUUUGCUGAGGUAGAUAUGAUUGGUGGAUAAAAUCGAUUUUGUAUGUAAAGAUUAGCCGAUCACUGAUCCCCCGAAAUUGAGGAAAUCGAUGCUGAUUGAUUGGCCGGCGGAUUUAUUAGUGCAUGUUUAAUAUGGUAUCAUUGUUAUCUUACAUUAAGUUGCGUUUCAUUGUGUUGUGUUGCGUUAUGUUUUCUUAAAUUACGAUCUAGUAUGAUAUAUUUGUGCAAGAUAUGAUGCGUCACUUAAUGUUACGAUUCAACAAGAAAUGAUAUGAUACAAUAAGGCAAUGGGAAAAACGAAAUAAAAUGGGACGAUUUGAUAUGAAAAUGUACAAAACAUAAUGAUAAACAAUCAUCCCUUGUUGUGAAAUCUGUCUUGAGCUUAAGUGCUGCACACAUCUUACCACUUACACAGUCUCUCCCACUAAAGAUGAUAAAAACAAAGAAACAAUAAGCCCAGUCAAAAUGGAGAAACACAAACUAAAGGAAAAAGUAACAUAUAUCGCACAAAACCUUAUUAUUCACAAUGCUUUAAAUAAACAAAGGGUAGUAUUGGUCAAACCUGGAAAAAAAGUUAGAUAAUUCUGUUUUAUAUCUAGCUAACAGGAUUUAUCAUUGAAGAAGAAAAAGUGUCAGUCCACUUUGUUUGACUGUCUGACUGCCCCUCUUUUUACAAGUUUUCUUUGUUUGUUUUUAUAAUCUCUUCAUUAUUAUUUUGCAGUUUCAUGUAUGGUGACCUGACUGAUAAGAAAACUAUAGAUAGUAUUAGACGGACCUUUGAUAACUAUGAGUCCAACUUCUAUGAGGUGCUACUCUAUACAAAAAACCGUAAGUAUCACUGUUAUAUCUGAUUUAUGUACAAGAGUAAACAUGAAAUGUAUGAAUAACUGUGAAUUUGUUGUUUUGAACAUAAACAUUUGAUCCUUUUUGACCUACAGGAACCCCAAUAUGGCUUUACAUGCAGGUUGCUCCCAUCAGAAAUGAAAAUGACAAGGUGGUGCUUUUCCUCUGCACCUUCAGAGACAUCACAGUCUUCAAACAGCCCAUUGAAGAUGAGGCAACAAGAGGUGAGACAGAGCUUGUAUCCAGAGCGUAUGGUUUUAACCUACCUGCAUUCAGUUUCUCAGACUGUUUGGAGUUCAUCCUCUUUUCUGAUUCCUCAUAGACAUUAUGCUCAGACGACAUGAUUGUCAAGUGAAAGUCUUGAUUCAGUCCGGGCUAUUUUUAGCAAAAUUUUCACCAAACAGAGCAGGGAGAGCAGCCAAAAGUCUGAAGCACACAUGAAUUACUGUGACGUAACGGGCAUUUGCUUCCUGGUUUGUACCAUAAAACAGUCCAGGUGUUGUGUGCCCGGGUCACUGAACACUGGUCUCUGUGGGUCUGGCUGUGCCAUCUCCCAGAGGGAUUUUUGUGAGCCACAAAGGCUUUUAUAUACAUCAGGCAGAAACAAAGGACACUCAGGCCAAAUGGGGGGUAUGAAAAAAAGUAUUAUUCACAAAGUAAUAGCAAAAAAGCACUUUCAUCUCCACAUACACACUUCCAUUUAAAUUUGAUUAACAAUAAAUAUAACAGGUAUUCUCAUCAUCAUGAGAGUGAAUUUUGUAUCAACUACUGUCUAUAUUAAAUAAAAACUGUUAGAAUUAUAAAUGUCCUCAUUUGGUUAUUUUAAUUUGACUUUGUGUUCAUAAAAACUCUGCUUGAUGACUGUGUAACAUCACACUUUUUGCCCUACAGCAGGGUGGACGAAGUUUGCCAGAUUGACCCGUGCACUGACUAACAACCGUAAUCUGGUGCAGCAGUUAGCGCCACUGAGCCAGACCGAGGUCAGCCACAAGCCCUCCAGACUGGCCGAGGUGAGCAGAGACAAGGUUUUAAGGUCCCCUUUUAAACAUUGUGUAUCUAUGUACAAAUUAAAUCAAUAAAAGAGCAGUUUGAGAAUUAGGUUUUUUUUUAAAAUACAAAUGUGUUUAAACUGCACUUUUUUUAACCCCAAAGGAGAACUUAGCAGGAUGAAGCUCUGUAGUUCACUUCUUUUUAUUCAGUAUGACUUUCCUGAAACACCUCUGUUCAAAUAGCUCUUUAAAGAGGAUGUGCAUUUCUAAAAAGAUGUGUAUAUAAGUAUAAGUGACCAUAAAGGGUGGCUACAGUAAGACAUAAAAGCAGAUUGACACGAUCUACAAAGAAUCUGACACAAUCUACUAAAGAAGAUGGCUUAUUAAGUGCGCUGGUGUAACAGACCCAGUUCAAGGCUGUUAAAAUGAUCAGUGCAGAUUCACCAGUAUUUCACCAGUGUCUUGUUUGUUCAGUGUUCACUGUAGAUGUAAUAUUACUACUGAGAGUCAGAGAGUCUUAGAACCUCUAGAGAGAUUCUGUACUCAUGAUAAUAACCAUUUUAUUUCAUCCAAAGGCUCUCCAGCUGGGAUCAGAUAUUCUCCCCCAGUACAAACAGGAGGCCCCUAAGACCCCUCCACAUAUUAUCCUCCACUACUGCACCUUCAAGACCACCUGGGACUGGGUCAUCCUCAUCCUCACCUUCUACACGGCCAUCAUGGUGCCCUACAAUGUCUCCUUCAAGAUCAAGCAGAACAACCUGGCGUGGCUGGUGCUGGACAGUGUGGUGGAUGUCAUCUUCCUCAUCGACAUUGUGCUCAAUUUCCACACCACCUUUGUAGGUCCCAACGGCGAGGUGAUUUCAGAUGCACGGCUGAUACGAAUGAACUAUCUGAAGACGUGGUUUGUCAUUGACCUGCUGUCCUGUUUACCCUAUGACAUCAUCAACGCAUUUGAACAUGUGGACGAGGUGGGUGUCAAAUUUUAGACUGUUUUAACUCUUGAAUGAUUUCCUGAACUAAUAGCUUAUGCAUUUACUCUGUGCAUGCUAAAAACCACUGAAAUAUGUCUGACUGCUUCUGCAAAGGCUAUCAUCACAACUCGGAGUCCAGCAAAUCACAUUCGCGAGUCCUCAAACUUCCACAGAAAUACCACGCGGACUGAAGACUCUGUGCUCCCAGUAAGGAAAUCAAUCUUUUACUGCUUCUUCAAUCAUUUUUGAUUCAAACAAUACAUCAUUUACCUCACUGGAUGUUAGACUUCCAAUCACAUCUCUGACUGAAGGGUUAUCAUUCAAAUUGCAGAAAUGUAACAUCUUUAAUUCCAGUGUUUUUAAUGUGUGGCUCACAGAUUGAACUGGUGUGGUUUCCAGCAUUGACUUUCAGUAAAAACGGUCCAAAAAAACAAACAAACAGACAAAUAAAAAAAAACACAUAUUCCACCUGUCCAACACUAAACAAGUAAACUGACAAGUUACAGCCGAGCCAGUGGAUGUAGCAAAGCAUUAAGAAGUUGAAUACUCUGAUUCGAAGGUGGUGGAAACCAAAGCUGGAGCAUUUACAGACUUAUCUUGAGACUAAUAACUCAUUUCUUUAUUUUGUUCUCCCAAUGUUUCCCCCUCAAGUUGAUUUUUGUUCCAACAUCUGCCUCUGAAAUUGGUUAGAGUUCAUUCUUUUCUGCCCCAGAGUGACUAAAAUAGUCCAAAACCCCAACAUAUUCUAUUCAGUAUUGUAGAAACCUCCCCCGAAAACACGUUUGUAUUCAUUUUUCCAAAGAUCAAACUAGUUAAAUGAUUUUGGAUCAUCAAAAAUUCUCAUACAUUUUCACGGUGUGUUGGGUCUGACUGGCGUCCUCUUCCUCCAGGGUCUCAGCAGCCUGUUCAGCUCUCUCAAGGUGAUCCGCCUACUCCGCCUGGGCCGAGUGGCCCGCAAGUUGGACCACUACCUGGAGUACGGAGCGGCUGUUCUGGUCCUGCUGGUGUGCGUCUUUGGUCUGGUGGCUCACUGGCUGGCCUGCAUCUGGUACAGCAUCGGGGACUACGAGGUCAUCGAUGAGACCACCAACACAAUAAAGACAGACAGCUGGCUCUACCAGCUGGCCCUGAGCAUCGGGACUCCAUACCGCUACAAUGCCAGCGGGACAGGACAGUGGGAGGGUGGGCCUAACAAGGACACACUGUACAUCUCUUCUCUGUACUUCACCAUGACCAGUCUCACCACCAUCGGCUUUGGAAACAUCGCCCCGGCCACAGACGGCGAGAAAAUCUUCUCAGUAGCAAUGAUGAUGGUCGGCUGUAAGUACAUCACCAAUUACAGACUGAAAGUUGAAUAAGAGCAUGUCUUGGAAAUCAGUCAGUAUACUAUGCUUAAAAUUACAUAUCAUACAAAAAAUAGUAUUCAUAAAUAUUUUACUUUGCAUAAAAUGUGUUACAUUCAGUAUUUCCUUUUCCUUCCUCUGGGAUUGAGUGGUUAUGUAUGUGUCAGAAGGUUAUGACGAAGUAAAAAAAGUUAUGUAGCAUCCGAACACAACAAUACCCUCACUCUUUCUACACAUUAAAACAGGCUCCUAUUAACACAGGGCUUACAAUUUCUAGUUUCAGUAAAAAGUCUAAACACCUAGUGGAGACCCAUCAACUGAGCUCAAAGUGAAGCUUCCAACAUCAAAGUGGCCACUGUUUUCCUUCCUCUCCUUUAUGCUAUUGAUAAGUGUGAUUUAGUUUGAACCAUCAGAAGUCGAGGCAGUCUUUUGGUUUUACAAGUAAAGCCAACAUGCGUUAAACCUGCAUUCUUGAUAGUAAAUGAGGUGGUAAUCCAAGGCCUGGUCAAAUGGAAACAACAUAAUCCUACUUUUCACAUGACUAAUAAACUCAGGUAACAUUUUACUUGAGGAACCAUUGUCUAAAUAACUCAACUGUCUGUAAUACAGCAUGGUACUGUAAAAUAUUGUCUGUCUUAAAGACAAAAUGAUUAAUUGAUUUAUAAUUGGUCACUUCUGGCUAAUAGAAAAGGAAGACAAAUUUCAUAAUGUUGAACAUCUGAUCCUUGGUCCACAAAUGAGUGACUCCUCUUGGACUUUAUCCACUUCUUUCACACAGCCCAUGGUUAAGACUGUGGCACUCUAUCUGUUUGCAUCAAGCUAACGCUAAGAGAGAUAUUGUGCACAAAAUACUCGAGCUAAUUUAAUGUGUAAAAUAAACUUAAAACAAUAAUCUUCAGUGAAUAUUAAAUGUAAUUAAAAAAAAUUGGGCUGUCAGAUAAAACCGCAUAUCAACUUGCUCAUUAAAUGUAGCUAUGACCAGCCUAGCUUGUUAGCAAAAAGAGAGUGUUUAUCUGAACAACUUAAUGCGAGAGCAGAGCGGUUCUUAGUGUCAUUAUCCGCUAGUUUAUAUAUCCUGUAAGAGCAUUGACUUUUAUGAUUGAUGUAUGCUGGUAGAAAAACAGCUGUGUUGAAAUUCCUCAUUUGUUCUCCUUAGCACUGUGCAACAAACAACGCAAACACUAUUUGAUGCUGCUGCUUCAUUUCAUUCAUGCAUUCAUGACGUGCCAGUGCAACCUUGCAGGAGCUGUAACAGUCUGGAUGCAUUUACUUGCAUGUGAUUCAAGACACGCUAAUGUGCUACACAGUCUGCCUGGCUAUCUGCCAGAGGCCUGUAAAGCAACAUAUGGGGAUGUUGUACAGGUUUAGAAAAAUCUGCAGAGACGCUCAAAGCAAUCAACACAUGGCUGAUUCUACCAACAGAUAGUCAAAGGUUUUAGGUCAGCUAGUGAGUAAGGGACUAUCUCUAUGAUAAUGACAUGCAUCAGUGUAAAUGAACUUGUUUAUUCGAGCAAGCCAGCAACAUGAAUUCCUAAAGCACAGAAAACAUUUGAGGUUAUCAAGUACAGAUAGACAAAAAUGAUAAAACUGGGAGGUCUUCCUAAAAGCUCCUUUGUUUCAGAAACAAAUGGACUGUGUACAAGGUGACUUUUCUCAGGCUUGUCACACAUUAUGUGUUCUGCACUUUUCUGUCUUUGUGCAUGUGACAAGCCUGUUAUACACUGCAUGCCCCCAUGUUUUGCCUUUUGUGUGAGUGUGUGUGUGUGUGUGUGUGUGUGUGUGUGUGUGUAGCAACAUGUUAUGAAUCCAUGGCUGCAGGACCUUCCAGCAAAUACAUUUAUUUAGCCAUCCCAGUAAGAGCUGCCUUUAACUGUGUAUUAUUUAUUCAACCUUAUCAUCAACGGGCAUCAUUUUGAGAUACAUUCUUUCUUUUGAAAUGGAUUAAGAUUAGGAAGAAUGCUUCAGCUGCAGAGAUAUUGGAAAUUCCCUUACCCUGUGUUUUAACUAUAAUGUAAACGUACUCUAGGAAUUGAUCAGGGACAAUGUACAUCGAGAGAUUAAGUAUUAUUCUGUCAAAUAGUUUCCUUCAAGCCUCUUCCUCCACAGGGCAAUUAAAACUAUAUCUGUAAGUGAUCAAGAGAGGGUUGCGGAUUCCGAAACAUUUAAAUGAUCAACAUUUAUUUCAGUGAUUAAUUUAUUGAUGAUUCUCGAUAUUACACAGUCAUUCACAGAGCGUCAUGACUGCAGAUGACUUAUAUUUAGCUGCAGCCUGACCAUUCGAGCCACUGUGCAGUGCUAGGACUCAGCUUUGGCCAUAACAAAAAGUGACAUGUUUGGUGGCUAUACCGGCCCCCACUUUGAGGGUCUGUCUGGCGGUUGGUCAUCACAGUUCUCUGUUAGAAAAGUGGCGUCUUCUGAAGUGAAUUUUAGGUUUUAGAAAUGUGUUGAAACAACAUCUUAUUCUCCGUAUGGCUUGUUGUGAAAUAACUAAUUGAAUUGAUACAGGCUAAUUGAUAGCACCCAUUAGUUGCUUAAUUUUCUCUAAAUUUUUUCUUAAAUGCCCAUUAAAAGUACCUGUAAUUAUUGAACUGGUUAAUAUUAAAGUCACUUUAUCUUGCCUUCCUUGAAUUUUGAUUAAUGAAAUUAGGAACAGUCAACUUUUAAGAAAGCUCUAAUCACAGGAAAUGAAAGAGUCGGUCAAACCUCAUUUGGAUGACUAUAAACCUCUGUAUAAAAAUAGAGAGCUCUAUUUUUACACAGGUGUCUGUGUUUUUAUAUCACACUGCAGUUACAGUAAUAGCUUCACCUUUAGUGUCACUGCCUUCGCUGUCAGCCUUUGCUUUACAGUUCCUCUGUCACGAUCCGCCCUCAUGCAGUGACCUUUAUCGCACUCUGAAACAGCAUGUAAAGUGAUGCAAUGAAAACAGUGAGGGAAACCCAAACUGACAGCCUCGCUUCAAGGUCUGUACUUCCAAAAGUAAACACUCAGUACUCUUGUGGUGUUGCCAUCACGAAGAUCACUCAGUCACAAUGAAGUGUCGCCUUCCAUUACAGCCCAUAAAUCUCCUGCUACAGAUACAGGGGUUUAAUUAUGCGAGAAGAAUAGGACAAAGGGAGAGUUUCCCUGCAGGCUGGAGUGUAGUAAAAGGACAAUGAGCCUCGGUUUUAGUCAUGUAUCCUAACCUCCGAGAUCCUAUAGUAUCAACUGGAGACGACUCUUUCCUCUUGAAUGAUUAAAACCGCUGAUAAGAGAUGCUGACUGACUCUUUGAGGUCACAGCAGUGCUGCAGCUCACUUCUCUUCCUAAAGAAUAUUUGCAUUAUGAAUAAAAUUACAGAGGCUUGAUCCACCACUAAAAAUGACACAACUUCACUAAGUCACAUUAUUUGCUCUAUAAUUUGCAAUAGUUGGGUCAAUUUGUGCACACCUCUUUUUUUUAAUUGGAAUGUCCUUUAAAAUGAGAUAACCUAUGACAUACUGGCGAUAAUUAUAACAGCUCUGAUGGUAUUCCACAGUCAUUUUAACCUUUUGUAACACCUUGAACUUUGCCUGUUAUCAAUUCAAAUGACUAGCUCCCAUUGUUUUAAUGAUAGGUACUUGAUAGGGUUGGAGUCAAUCAACAGCAAUGGAAGUUGAGGAAUCAAUCAACUGAGGACAAGGUUAAAGGAUUUAUUUACAAGCUGUCCAGUGGUGUUUUCUGUAUUUAACAAAGAAGGAAAAAUAUUAUCAUAAUUUAUUACUUGGUUAUCUGUAAACAACAAAGUAAUUCUCAAUAAUUUUGACUUAGUAAUCAGAAUCUUAUUAAACAAUGCCUUUAACACAAACUUGAUUAGAUGAAACAAUCUAAAUUAUCUUCAAAACAGUCUAUAAAUUAAAUACAUUGUACAACACUCACUUUGACGCACUUGACAGCCAGGGUGAAACAUGUCAGCAGCAGAGCAAACUGAACAAUGGGUUCAGGAGUCCUUAUAGACUCCUGAUCAGGCCACAGUGGCUACACCUGUGGUUGACUGCUGCAGCCUGAGCAGGCGUGCCUUCUGCUCCUCAGUGGAGUCAGAGCAGACAUGAAGGAUUCUAACACCCAUGCAUCAUUGCCCUUUCCAGUUACAUGUAAAAGGACACUCUAGACCAGGGGUGGGCAAUCAUGUGCCAUGGAGGGCCGAGAGGCUGCAAGUUUUCUUUCCAACCCAAAACUCCACCAGGUGAUUUCACUGAUUAGUCCCUGCUCUCUGUUUGGAGGUAAGGUAAUCAGUGAAAUCACCUGGUGGAGUUUUGGGUUAGAAAGAAAACCUGCAGCCUCUCGGCCCUCCAUGGCACAUGAUUGCCCACCCCUGCUCUAGACAUAUAACAAUUUUCAGUAUUAUAUACUGUUUAACCCUUCAAGCACUAAAAGUGCCCAAAAUUCCUGACAAUAGCUCAAUAUGUUGCAAUUUUUCAAAUUUUCUCUCAUUUUAUUACUUAACAUAAUCAACAUGUCUUUUUAGGUUACUCACCUUUUCAAAGCUUCCCAACAUUUGCAUAUAAUCUUAAUGAAUUACUUUAAAAAAGGUCCCAAAUUGGAGAUUAGUUGCCAAAUAGUUUUCUGAGGAAACAUUUUAUUAAAACCACACAAUGUUUUACCUGAAAGUUUGUCAGACCGUAUACUUAAACAAAUCCUAAUGAUCACAAUUGCCUAACCCUAAUUCCACAAAUCUCAUGGUGUCGCUCUCACUUUUUUGUCAUCUUUGUUUUAGCUCUGCUGUACGCCACCAUCUUUGGAAACGUCACCACCAUCUUCCAGCAGAUGUACACUAACACAAACCGCUACCAUGAGAUGCUAAACAACGUGCGUGACUUCCUAAAGCUUUACCAGGUUCCCAAAGGUCUGAGUGAGAGGGUCAUGGACUUCAUCGUAUCCACCUGGGCUAUGUCAAAGGGCAUCGAUACAGAUAAGGUAUUAUUAUAGAGGGUCCAAAACAAACGUCUGUUAACAUAAUAAUGUUUAAUAAGACAUAAUAAAAGUUUAUUCUCAUGAGAUUUUCAUGAUAUAUUGAUUACUCGCUCGCCGUUAAACAAAAGGAAAUCUUAGGUCUAAACUCUCUUCAAUAUCUCACCAUCUUAGGUUCUUGCAAUCUGUCCCAAAGACAUGCGUGCAGACAUCUGCGUCCACCUCAACAGGCAGGUCUUCAAUGACCACCCAGCAUUUCGUUUAGCCAGUGACGGCUGUCUGCGCUCUCUGGCUGUCGAGUUUCAGACCACACACUGCGCACCUGGAGACCUAAUCUUCCACAUUGGAGAGAGUGUAGACACACUCUGCUUUGUGGUGUCUGGAUCACUGGAGGUCAUACAGGAUGAUGAGGUCAUCGCAAUACUAGGUAAUUAGGAGGAAGCAUGUUCAUGUAGCGGCCAUUUUCCUCAGACAUCAUGUUCAGGGUGGGAAGGUCAAAUGCUGUCACAUCAUUGUAUGCUGUGGUGCCACUAUCUGUCACUAUAAUUGUUGCCUUCUUUGAUAUACAAGCAGGUAAAAAGCUCUAACCAUCAUCUACUGUCCUGCUGUUAGCUUAAAAAACUGUUAGCUUAAAAAAGGAUAAAUGCUAACUGUGCCUUUGAAAUAUACACAUACCUGAAAAUUCUUUGGUUUUUAUCAGGCAACAGCAGGGCUCUCAAGUUUUGAACUAAGCUUAGAGUGAGAUUUCCUGAUUUGGGAUUUGGGAGAAUAAAAUCAUUAAUUAUAAGUAUUAAGUCGUAAAGUUGUUAAAAUCUGCACUGUGGAGCAUUUAGAUGAAUUUUACUUUAGUAUAGGUUUCACAAACAUGGAGAUACUUAACCUUUUGGUACAUGAGCAUUACACUGUCAUGAGUAUCAGAACUUAUAUUUGAGAUAUAUGAGAAAUGCAGCUUUUGUGGAGGGGAAAAUGGCUGGAAAUGGCUGUACGGAGGCUAAAUCCGUCAAUACAGCUGUUAAUAGCAAUAGCAUAGGGCUUUAGUUUAUCAUAUGAGUUUAUAUGCCAUGAGGUGUUGAGGUCUCUGCAUGUGUAGGUUACUGACUUACUGUAAUCAUCGGGUCUAUCUCGUCCUUAUAAAAACCUGCUCUAUUACGGCGAGUGUCUGUCCUCUCCUGUAGUCAAACCGCAAGAUAUCAAAAUCUACCCGGAUACAGCAAUGCUGCUUUUUGAUUGGCUGUUCAGUAGAUAUACUUUAUUUGAUUGGCUUGCGCGUGGCACGCAGCUUCUGAACUCUCGGAGGAACUCAGUUGAUUCGUACCUGUUCCAUAAAGAGGUGCAACUUGGUGGACAUCACCAUGUUCAUUUAAAUGCGUGAGAAAUACGAUGUGUGGCGUGUGAGCGUGUGAACAGGUGGGAAUGCGUGUGUCUCACGCUGAGUGCGUGAGACUUGAGAGCCCUGCAACAGCUAACAUGAGAUAUUAUAUAACAUAUACGUGUAACAUAAGUAUUUCCUUGGUCUCUCUGAAUGGCGGCUUUUUCUAAUUUGUCAAACACACUUCUCAAACAUUAGCACCACUCUCUAGCUUGUAUUAAUGUUAGCCAAAGUGGCAGAUGACAACACAAACACUUGUCUACCAGAGAAAUAUAUUGUUUUAGCUUGAAAUGUGGCCUGAUACAGAGCAGUACAGUGAUACCAAUGAACAUUACUCCGUUUUUUAACUCCUUUUUGUUAGAUUUGCAACACAGCAGAGUGACAGUAUGAUAGAGUUUGUGCCCCCCAGUGAGGUAGAUUGGACCAAGUCUGUGAUAGCGGUUGUAUGCCAUACAGGAGACGUUUGUAUUAUUAGUGAAGUGAUCAGCAUGUCAUCUCUAUCUCCCAUUACAGGAAAAGGAGAUGUGUUUGGAGACGUGUUCUGGAAAGAGACCACAAUGGCUCGGGCUUGUGCAAAUGUUAGAGCCUUGACUUACUGUGACCUGCAUGUCAUCAAGAGGGACGCCCUGAUGAGGGUACUGGAGUUUUACACGGCUUUUGCCAACACGUUCUCCCGCAACCUCAUCCUCACCUGCAAUCUACGAAAACGGGUAAAAAAAACCCUCUUGAAUUCUCAAUGGAUACCAUUUUAACGGGUGCGAUGUGUCAGGGGUGGCUGUGGCUCAGUAGUAGUGUCCUUGGGCAAGACACUUAACCUCACCUUCCCUCACUGGCUCGACUGCGUCCAGUGGUGUGUGAAUGGAUUAGUGGGCUCUUUCCAUAGCAGCCUCACCUCAGUGUGAAUGUGGUGUGAAUUAAUGAAUGUGAUAUGUGAUGUAAAAGUGCUUUGAGUGGUCUGAUGACUAGAGAAAGCACUUUACCAUUUAGUAUUUCUUAAUCGAGGAGACAGUUAAAGUCCAUUAUUAUCCAAUAGUAUCCAAAAGGACAUGAUCAGCUCUUUUGACUGCAAAGGCACUCUCCAGUUCUCCUCAACACUGAUGGGUCUGGUUGAAAUUUGGGUAUUUGUUUUGAAGUUUCUUUAGGGUUGUGUUUUUAGACUUUCCUGACUGGAGUGGCCCAUCUAGAGCAUCAAAAUGUGUGCCACAUCUCUGGGAUUAUCCAUAAAUAUCACGAACUCCUGGAAUAGAAUAUUCCAUUUGGUGUAAAUAUUACAAACACUACCAUAAGAUGUGACUCGGACGGGACAUAAAACUAACAGAAUAUGCCAUUAACACCAUAAACCAACUUCAAACUUAUUUGUAAGUAUCCAACUCUUGCUGUAAAUACCAACCCACCAUUUGCUCUAAUAAAGAACUAAUAUAUAAGUCAAAGUUGAUUAUUUUGCGCCUUUUUUUUUCAAAAAUUAGUUGAUAUCAAUCUAAGCACCUAAUUAAUAUUAAAUGGAACUUUCACAAGUAAAUCUCCUUGUGGCUUUAAGAUGAAAUGUUUCCAGUCUGAACAGUAGGCUGCUCAUUUAUCCCAUGGGAUUAACUUGACAUAUAUAAUGAAAUACAUACUGAUAAUAAGAAUUCUCUUUGAGGGUCACAUGUGGUUGUUUUGCUCUUUGCUCAGAGCGGCUUAUUUGAAAACUUCUGCAUGUUACAGUCUAAAUUAUGCAUUUUUAUGAAGAAAAUCUACUGCUGUAAGUAGUUUUGCUGUGGUGGCACCACUUUGAGAGGGCUUAUGUAAUCUCACUGAAAUAAAACAGUAUAUGUACAUCUGCCCUAAAUCUAAAUUAUUUGAGGGUAAACUAUGGUGACAUGUUGAAAGAUUUAUGGCUUGUACUUGAAUGUAUCCAAUGAAAAUAAAGCCAUCUAUUAUUUAUUUAAGCGGCUUUAGAAACUGCAUAGGUUUGAAAUUUCUUUCUGCCCUCUUUAUACUUAAGCACCCUGUUUACCCGCAUGCACAAAAGUCUACAUCUAAAUGUGAAAACACAAACUAAAAUUGAGAUAGGUGAUGUUUUUUGCUGCUUUUUCAUGCUUUUUCUUCAUUAUGGAGCUGCUUUGGUCCAAAUAUUUUUUUUUUCCACUGUAAAAGUGAGCGAGAAGUUGUGGAGACGGACUCUUCUGGGCGUGGGCACCACAGCCAGAUUAGAUGUAGAGCAGACAGUUAUUGAGCUUUCUAUCCCACUUCAGCACCUCAGUCGGUUGUUUGAGUUUAACCUAGACAUAAUAAGAAGAAUAAAUAUAGUAUGUUUAUAUGUUUUGAUUAUUAGCAGUUAAAGUAGUCCCUGAACAUUUAAGCGGAGGGAUUUGGAUAUAGAUAUAACUGCCUUAAGGACUGCAAAUGCACUUUGCAUGCAGGCUUCUAAUGAAUGAAUAUUAUCGAACUGAACAGUAACGAUAAAGGAGAUGUCGAGAAGUUGACUUAGGUUCUUCUUAGUUUGCAUUCUUAGCAGAUUUAGAGACACUUAUGGCCUCCAUUAUUGCUCCAUUAACAGUUUCCCUUGUGCAUUGCUGCUUUUAAGUCUUCAAUAUUUCAUACAUGCAUAGCAGAUCUAGAUGGUAUUCUUUUAUAUCAAGCUGCAUUAUAUAUGCAUACUCUGCACGGCUCCUAUGUUGUAAUUCAAAUGUGGGUGUGCAUAUCCCAUUACUCUGCUCAUGCACAGUUUCUCUCUCUUGCAGAUCAUCUUCAGAAAGAUCGCAGAUGUGAAGAGAGAGCAGGAGCGCCAGAGGACCGAGGUGAGCCUCUCCAUUCCUGACGAUCACCCGGUCCGCAAGCUGUUCCAGAGGUUCAGACAGCAGAGAGAUGCUCAAACACCUGGGGAGUUCAAUGAUUACUGUGACUAUAACUGUGUGCAGGUCGACUCCAACUCAAAAACAGUGUCCUCUCAGCAGCAUGCAGCACAGAAUAAUACACUGGGCACAGGAGAGGACCUGGCUGCACCUCCACAAGCAUUUGUGCACACGGAGAAGUCCGAGCAGGGCUGCACAGAGGGGGCUGAGGAGUCUAAACCGAGGCCCUGUGUGGAGAAUAAGGUGUCCCACCCUGUGAAUAGCAGCGGUGCAGGUGGAGAGGGAGCAGCAAGCAGUGUUAGCAGCAGGAAAGGUGCUCGAGGAUGGGCAAAAUUUAGAAAUGCCACGACAGCUGCACCACCCCCUCCUCCUGUGAUGGAGCCUGAGAAGCAGCCGAAGAAAGAGGAGUGGUCCAAAGGAUCACCUGAACUGGUAGUUUCUGCCAACAAGAACCAGGAUUUGGAAGAGGGUGGAGAGACAGGGGGGACAGAGAGUGGAAACGGUGCUGCAGAAGUAGGUGAAGAAACAAGUGCCCUACACAAAACAGACUCAUGUGACAGCGGCAUCACCAAGAGCGACCUGCGCAUCGACCGAGCCGGAGAUUCAAGAAGCUCAUUUGAAAGAAGCCCGAUGGAAAGGAGCCCCAUGGAGAAAAACCCAUUUGGACUCAGCCUUGGAGUUGACCCCCUUAAACAAUCUUUCACUCAGCCUGCGCCUGAACAAGCACUCCUUCACGCCACACUGCAUGAAGCCAAACUGGAGCUGAAAGCAGACAUUCAGAUCCUGAGCGGGCGCUUGGUGGUGCUUGAGUCUCAGGUGAGCGAGGUCCUCAGGCUGCUGUCAGUGAAAAGAAGACUGUCACUACCGCCAACGUCGUCUCCAAAACCCAGAGUAAAAAAUCAAGACUCAGUCGCUGCUUCCUUUAAAAAAGACGAUGGACCUUUUUGA